GCGACCACGGCUGGAAGUAGGGCACGAAAACUGAUGGGAGACUUGCUGAGGUGAUAGUGUCUGCGGUGGUAUAUUGUCGAGAUUCUGCAUUGACGGGGAACCAGGCCAUCAUAGGCAACACGCACUGAUCACUAUUAGCAGCCAUGGCCAUUAAUACAGCCAAUGUAGCGACCGGAUGUAUAGUAGCAGGGGCUCUCACGGUACUUUUUGGGACAAUUCUUGUGUUUGUAGGACCUUUGAUUAUUGACGACCAAAUAGUAAAGAAUACAGUGAUUGACCCCAAAAAUGACCUGUCCUACACAAUGUGGAAAGACAUUCCGGUCCCAUUCUAUAUGUCCGUCUAUUUCUUCAACGUCCUCAAUCCGAAGGAGAUACUGAAGGGUGAAAAACCGAUGGUGGAGCAGAAAGGACCGUAUGUGUACAGAAAACGCUGUCAGAAAGACAACAUCACAUUUCAUCCCAACUAUACAGUGUCAUACAAAGAGUACCGAAGAUAUUUCUUUGAGCCUUCCAUGUCUGCAGGGAACGAGUCUGAUGUGGUCACAAUUCCAAACAUGUUGGUCUUGGGUGCAGCUGUCAUGAUGGAAAACAUGCCAUUUGCUGUGCGUCUAAUGGUCAGCGCCACGUUCAGGACUUUCAACGAGGGGGCCUUCUUAACCAAGACAGUCGGAGAACUGAUGUGGGGCUAUGACAGUAAACUGGUCGAUUUCCUAAAUAAAUACCUACCGGGCACACUGCCCUCAUCAGGAAAGUUUGGACUCUUUGCUGAGUUCAACAACUCCAACACUGGCCUGUUCAAUAUCUUCACUGGGAAAGACGACAUCAGGAAAGUCCAUAAAGUUGAUUCCUGGAAUGGCCUGAAAAAGCUGACCAACUGGGGGACUCCUCAGUGUAACAUGAUCAAUGGAACGGCCGGACAGAUGUGGCCACCCUUCAUGACAAAGGAGAGCACUUUGCCGUUCUACAGCCCUGAUGCAUGCAGAUCUAUGGAACUGGUUUACCAACGUCCCGGUGAAAUGAAGGGCAUCCCUCUUUAUCGAUAUGUGGCACCCAAGACCCUGUUUGCCAAUGGGACAGACUACGCUCCCAAUGAAGGCUUCUGCCCCUGCAGACAGUCUGGCCUACUCAACGUCAGCAGCUGCAGACACAAUUCCCCAGUCUUCAUCUCUCAUCCUCAUUUCUACAAUGCUGACCCUGUGCUGCUGGACUUUGUGCAGGGCCUUAAUCCCAAUGAGGAUGAGCAUGGCCUCUUCAUAGACAUUCACCCACAAACAGGUGUCCCUCUGAACGUGUCAAUCCGUCUUCAGCUCAACCUCUACAUCAAGAGGGUGUCUGGAUUUAUAGAAACUGGGAAGAUUUCUGAGGUGGUGAUGCCCAUGAUCUGGUUUGAGGAGAAAGGGUAUAUAGAUGGCCCUAUCCUCAACACGUUCCACACAAACCUGGUUGUGUUGCCUGCUGUGAUGGAGUACAUGCAGUUUGUCUUCAUUGGCCUCGGUGUGCUGACUAUAAUAGUUGCUGGACUGAUGCACCGACGAUUGAAGGCAUCCGAUAAAGAGCUGGUAAAAGGCUCUCAUGCCCACGAAACACAGGAGAAAUUUAUCAUGAAUAAUUCAGAUAAAUAGAUGCGACGGGACUACGACACCAGAUGGAAACAUAAGCACUUCAGCUGAUGAAAAAACACCUUUACUACAAGAUGACAUGGACUGACACACACACAAACACACAAACACACACACCACUGGUGUAAAGGCUCCUUGCAAAAUCACUCCAUCGUCCACAGUUCAACAGCCUGUACCACUGAAGUAUCUUCAAAUCAACUUGAAACUUUUACGAGGUGCUCCAAUACAUAAGUCAAGUUUUGCCAUUUUUACUGUACUGUGUUGUUUAUGAGACUCUCAGCCAAAGCCUGGUGUUCACCCCUAGAGAAUACUUUUGAUUUACUCAGUUGAUGUGUGCUGAAGCUGUUAGGGUUGAGACUGCUGGUCACCAGAGCCAGAUGCUAAAUGAAUUUUAUAUAUAUAUUUAAAAAAAAAAACAGACGUGAAUACCACUAUUGUGUGUAGAGCAGCCAAAAACAAUCUGUCGCAAGUUACAUGUAACGGUGAGAAUUGUGAGUGUAUGUUCAUUUUUCUCUCUUAUUUCUACUUCUGCUGUAGCCUUUUCUGGCUCUCAGUAUCUGUAUACAUAUGUGUUAUCAUUUUGCAAAGGCAAUUACUCUCUAGCAAGGAGGCUGGUCAUUUUUAGCCAACACUGCCAAAUAGAAACCAACUGUGCUGCAGUGCAGAGAACAGUAUUUUAUGGUCAGCAGUGUUGACCUGAAAACAUGUUAUUUGUUGUAUCAUAUCAACAAACAAAAACAAAGAACAGUACAGUAGUAAGUAUUAUGGGGAACGUUUUAAACUGUGAUUUGUAAAAAAUUUCUAAAUGAAAAGCAAGGGAACUAAGAGGCACAGAAGCCUUAUACAAUGAUUGCUAGGUGUAUUUUAAUACCUAUGUGCCUUCAUUCAAGGAGAAGCAUUGCCUUGCCUUAACCUCAAGGUCCUUGUAGUUCAGGCAUUAAUUGUACAUUGUACAGUGUAAAUUAAUGCUAAAGUUAGCUAAUUUGUACACUGAGGAUUGCCGAGUUGAUAGGCUAUUUUCAAUUGUAUCUGUUAACCUUGAAUAAGUGAAUGUUAAUAUCGUCGCUCAACCAUAGUGGUAAACAAUCCUCCAUAAAUCAGUGAGUGAAAUACAGUAUUACACUAGCAGAUACACUCCAACUUGCAUACUACUGUCUUCCGGGUUAAGGGUUGAAUGUAUUUCUUGAAAUUGUUAUGAAUGAGGCCCUUUUCUGAUUAUAGUGUAGAGAAUGAAUUAUGAGAAACUUGGAUAUAAUAAAUGUGUCUUUGGGGAAACA